AUGGGUACAGUCCUGAACCGAAUCAUACGUAUUUACGACGACGAUCCCGCUCUUAUGGAAGAGGCCAAACGCUAUGUUGACGACAUUAUUGAGCUGGGUAUAGAAGCUAGCUAUAACCGACCGAUAGCUGCGGCGUCCAUAGCGACCCCCCUCACAAUGUCCCUGGCUGCCAUGGAAGAUUACAGAUAUGCCGAGGCGGAGGUGUUACUGCUCGAGUACCAGACUGAUUUUGCCGGGUUGCAUUACUUUGAUGAUGUUGAGAGAAUUCGGCAGCAGUUUGAGAACAUUGAUAAGAGGAACCGAAGGACAAAGGAGUUUUUAUUACUGAACGAGCAGGGAAUGGAGGAAAGUAUGACAACUAUAGAAACGGAAACAGAUGCUGGACCUGAGUGCACGAUAUUAUAG